AAUAUUUCAUUAAUCUUCAACCAGAAUAACUGUGAUGUGUGGAAUUCGGCAAAACCUAAACUUGGAUCGUCACCAAAAGCGCAAGUACACUGUGUAUAAGUGGGAAAAUCCUGCAUUUCAGUCAUCUUUUGUUUUCCAACCAUGGUCAGCUUCUGGUGAUCAAAACCUCCAGGGGUUAACGAAUUCUGAAAGGCCAUAUGACUACUACCACUCUGUUGAGUUGGACAGCAGUGACACAAAUACAGAUGAACCAUUCCCAUCCAUUGUGUGUCAACCAGUGAUGGAUCCUUCUCAUCUGACUUUGCAAGGACAUGUAUCUGCAAUAUCAAUAGAAAACUUAGAAGAACUGCUGGACUGUCUCUCUAAUGAAUUUUCAAGAUAUGGUUCAGUGGGAAAUAAUCAUUCUCUUUUUUUGAGACGUUUGAAGCUUGAGCUACAAAGAUUUGGAUACAAAACAAAAGGUAGAAGACUGUUCAGUGCUCCUCUUCUUUUUCAAAAUUUCCACUUCGGAUCAUUGUUAAUAGCAUUACAUAUAGCUGGUAAUUUUCAUAUUCUUUUAGCAGUGUUCAUAGAAAUCUAUGGUUAUAAUACAUGGCUCUUACUUUACUUUCUUAUCUAUACUUUAUACAAGAUUAUUAAGGUUCUAGAAUUUUUCAAGAAGUUAUUUUCAACAAUUUUCCAAACACCUAAUGUUACAAUCAACUAUAAAGAACUCUAUGCACAAUUACUAAUUUCACUUAUUCUCUUUAGCUUAUUCAUUUUACAGGCUUUUGAGGCAUAUGCAAGACCAGAAAGUCUGGCAUUUCUGUAUACCUUACAGUAUGCAUGUAUGUUUUGUCAAUAUUAUGGAUCUCAAUUUGAUGAACUACGAAUACAGAUAUUGAAAGGGACAGAUUCAACUGACCUAAAUAACACCAGAAUUAAUGGAAUUUUGUCUUUAUUACAACAGAAACUUUCUGGCACCAUAACAGAUUGGUUCUUUAUGCUAGCAUUGUGUGUUCCUGCAUGUAGGUUUAUUUUGUUGUUCCAGUUAAUAUACAUACUGUGGCAACUUGUUACUCAGAGAUGUUUUUAUAUUUCAUUAUUCCCAACUUAUGUUAAGAUCUUUUCAUUGUUAGAGUAUUCUCAUUUAAUUUUUUAUAUUUCAUUUCCCAUCUAUGCCCUUAGUGUUAUAGCAUUCUCUCUGACAAACAACUUUCCAAAUUUUCCAACAUCAAUGAAUUACCAGGUCUAUCUCCUCCUUAUCUAUGCAAAUGUAGAAUUUCUGUCAGAUUACAAUAAAUUCAAGUUUUUCUGGGUUGAUACAGUAAAUGAGAGCAAUAAAAUUGAAAAAGACAAGUACCCAAAGAAAAUGCUUUUUAAUAACAUUAUAUAUGAAAUAGACUCUUAUACAGCCUGGUUACAUCAUUUUCUUCGGGCAACAACUAUCUUGGCCUACAUUUUGCCAGCUGCCUCAGGUAUUCUUGUCUAUAUUUCUGGGCUUGAAGGAAAUGUAAUACUAAUUCUUGUCAUGUUUGGUGUAUAUACUUUUUGCAUCUGCUUUGAAUGUACUAUUGCAUUAGAUGCUUUUGUCUGUAGUUUACAGUUUAAUCUUUCAUAUACCUUUUUAGAUUUUGCUUUAUCAACACUACCUGGGUCAAAUGACAAUUAUUUAUAACCAAUUUUGUUUUCUUAAAUAAAGAUACACAUCCACAAUUUAACUAAAUAUAUUGUUAAUUUUCAUUGAAGUAUUUACACAAUAAAGAAAGAGAAACUAUCAUGAGUUUUAUUCAUAUUUUAAGGUAGUGAAUUGUAAUGAAUGUGAAACUAUUUGUUAACAAAAUUCAAAAUGUAUCUUUUUUGUAUGUCAACUUGACAGCUGCCCUUGAAUUUUCAUGUUUCUGUAUGCUGGGUGCACAUCCUAUCUCCAAGUGAUACAAGUGCCAGUUUAAAUACUUUUCUUACAGUUUAUAUUCAACCUUUAAAUUGAGGGGAAAAGAAAGAAUAUUUGUGAUUUUCAUGAAUGAAAUGAUAACUACUUCUUCCUAAAAUUAUUGUCAAGUUCGUGUGAAUCAAAUUAAACAUUUUUUCAUAA